CAGGCCUGUGUCUCUUCACUUUACAGCAAUUGUGUGCCAGAAAUAUGGCUACAGACUGGCUUGGAAGCAUUGUGUCAAUUAAUUGUGGAGAAAGCUUGGGAGUCUACCAAGGACGGGUGUCUGCUGUGGAUCAGGUCAGCCAGACCAUUUCUCUGACACGGCCCUUCCAUAAUGGGGUCAAGUGCCUCGUGCCAGAAGUCACCUUCAGGGCAGGUGACAUUACUGAGCUAAAAAUUCUGGAGAUCCCAGGGCCGGGGGACAAUAGACAAUGUGGGGAUCUGCAGCAGACGGAAAUGGACAUCCCUGGUGUUGGAUGCCAAGUGGGUCCCAGUCAGAAUGGCACUGGAAAAGUGUUAAAGAAGCCCAUCUCCAGCAGUGCCCCACAGAAUAUUCCAAGGAGAACAGACAUGAAGAGUCAGGAUGUUAUCAUCUCUCCACAGCAGCAGUGCUCCAAGAGUUACAUGGAUCGGCAUGUGGAAACACUGACUCAGUCCAAAGGCUUCCGUCGUAGACACAAUUCAUGGUCGUCCAGUAGCCGUCAUCCAAACCAGGUGACUCCAAAGAAAAGCGGCCUGAAAAACGGGCAGAUGAAGAGCAAAGAUGAUGAGUGCUUUGGGGAUGACAUUGACGAAAUCCCAGACACGGAUUUUGAUUUUGAAGGGAACCUGGCCCUUUUUGACAAGGCAGCUGUGUUUGAAGAGAUUGAAACUUAUGAGAGGAGGAGUGGCACUCGUUCCCGUGGUACCCCAAAUGAAAAACCAGCUCGUUAUCGGCACGAUGAGAACAUCUUGGAAUCGGAGCCUAUAGUCUACAGAAGGAUUGUUGUACCCCAGAACGCUAACAAAGAAUUCUGCACCGACUCUGGGCUGGUCGUUCCAAGCGUGUCGUAUGAACUUCACAAAAAGCUGCUUUCAGUGGCUGAGAAACACGGGCUGACGCUGGAGCGGAGGCUGGAGAUGACGGGAGUGUGCGCAAGUCAGAUGGCACUGAGUCUCCUCGGGGGACCCAACAGGCUCAACCCAAAGAACGUGCAUCAGCGACCCACGGUAGCCCUGCUCUGCGGCCCCCACGUGAAGGGGGCCCAGGGGAUCAGCUGCGGACGGCACCUCUCCAAUCACGACGUCCACGUCAUUCUUUUCCUGCCCAACUUUGUCAAGAUGCUGGAAUCCAUCACCAACGAGCUGAAUCUCUUCAGCAAGACCCAAGGCCAGCAGGUGUCCAGUGUCAAAGAUCUUCCAGAUACUCCUGUUGAUCUAGUGAUCAAUUGCCUGGAUUGUCACGAAAAUGCCUUUUUGAGAGAUCAGCCUUGGUACAAAGCAACUGUGGACUGGGCAAACCAGAACCGGGCCCCCGUCCUCAGCAUAGACCCUCCAAUAAAUGAAAUGGAGCAGGGCAUUGAUGCCAAGUGGUCACUGGCCUUGGGCCUGCCUCUGCCCCUGGGUGAGAGGGCAGGGCGCGUGUACCUCUGUGACAUUGGCAUUCCCCAGAAGGUCUUUCAGGAAGUGGGAAUAAAUUACCACUCGCCCUUCGGCUGCAAAUUUGUCAUCCCCCUGCACUCCACUUAGAGGCCAUCCAGCCAUAUGGCUCUGAAGGGAGAGAAGAGGAGGAGGAAUUCUUUUGAAUAAGCUGUCCAGUGGAUCCUGACUAGUAAACUCGUGACGCCUUAAGGAUGUGAAGUUCUGGAGAGUUUCCUUCAAGAAGAAACGUUGUGUAUUUAAAAAAAAAAAAAAUCAUAAAACGAAACGAAAAAAGAAGGAAGCGAAUGUUCCUGCAAAGCUGUUUUCAUUCUCUUGUGCCAUUGUAUGAAGGAACGUGCAGGAAGAGAGCAUCUCUCCUUGCAGAAGGUGAAGGCAGCUAUUGCUGCCCCGACCCAGGCUGGGGGCUGUUUCAUGGGGGGGGGUGUGGGGGGAGGUUCUGGUACAAGUGACGGAUGGUUUGGAGAUUUGAGACAUGUUUUUUCAGCCCUUCUGGGCAGACAGACCCAGGAAGGGCGCCCCUGUGGGAACAGCACCCCUUGAUUGUGUAGAAAGGCCUUUUGUUGCAGUCUUACUGGGAGGGGAGGGUUUGGUUUUGUUCUGUUGUUCUUUUUGAUUCCUUCUCCUCUUUUUAUGUUCUUGAAGGCAAUUGUAGCUGACACUCCUUCUUGGACCCUCCAUCCCCUUGAGGAGAAAGUUCCCUUUUUGGAAAGCUUGUGUCAAGAGCCGGAAGUUCUCAAGGAGUACAUGCUCUGGGAACAUUGGUGCCCUAAGUUGGGUUUGCUUGCUUGUCCUCUGGCUCUUUUUUGUUGUUUUUGUUUUAUUUGCUUAAUGAAUGACCCCCAUUUUGUCUGGGGGAGCAAAGUGUGUUUUGGAAAGGAGCUCUUCCGGGGUAUGUUUGGUGCUUUUUUUUUUUUCUUGUUUUUUCUCCUUUCCUCCUCCCUCUUUCUGGCACAGUGACUGAAUGAAUCAGGGAAAGCACAACGGAGCAGGGUAGUGUUGCUCUGACUUUUUGUUUGUUACUUGGUGUAUGGUGCAGACGGUGUUGGGGUGAGUCCCUGGAAGCACUGGGGCACUGCAGUAUUCCUCCCACGCUCCAAUGUGGCUUGGGAAGGAGAUUCCCCAAGAUCCGUUGGGAAGUAAGUCCCAAUAGAUCCAUUGGUUCCCUUUGAGCACAAAGCCUGCAUGAAGAAGGGAAGGUGUGCCUGUCUGUACCCAUGUGCUGAGAAGCAGGUUUAAGAAGGCCUUAGGUCCUCAGCUCCCAUCGCUAUUAAUGGUAGCUGGGUACCUAUCACACUUCUGAAAAGAAACAAAAUUCUCUGGCCUUUAAUAUUGGCAGCCAGGGCUCACAGUGAGCUUGAGGUGGGAGCAUAGGACAGCUGCCCACCUGGUAGUGUAGGCAGUGAAAGGUGGACCAGAAACUGUUCACGUUUUAGAAUUAAUUUUCAUGCAUAUGCAAAGGGGAAGAAUGAACACGCCGUUUUAUAUCCCUCCAUGCCUGCUUGGAGAACUAGGAUGAGGGUCUGCACUGGCCUUGUGCCCAUGUGAUGAGGGCAGGGCUGCAGCCCAGGCACUGCUUAGGCUGACUACAGCGGUGUUUGCAGUGUCGUCCCCUGAAAUCUGGUCCCUUCUGUUCCAGGCAUUGCUAUUUGUAGUGAUCACUGUCCUAUUUUGCCUUCAGAAGAUGUUGCUGUGAGAGCUGCUCCCCCCCUUUUGGAGGGGUAUGGCAGGAGGGUCUCAGCUGAAAUACCAUAGGGAAUCUGCCCCGUGGUGCUUUGCUAACCAGCCUCGUGCUGCAUUGACUUCUCACAUGUUGCUAGAAAGUGUUUUGGGUAGCUGUUUCUGCAUUUGUUGUGCUGCCCAGGUGGAGCCUUGCUCUGGUGCCUAGAGCAGAGACAAGCUAACAAACCGUCGGCUGGCCUUGGAAAGCUAGCGUGCUGGAUCUGCUCUUGCUCUCUGAAGGUGCUGAGUUAGGCUGCACGCUAUCCCCAGGGCGAACGCUGACCCUGGGGUGACAUAGGAGGCUCUGUACGUGCGAGCAGUUCCUCUGGGAGAAACAAAGCAGAUGCAAGGCCAAAGGCCCUGCUCCAGCAGACAGGUGCUUGGCUCCUUUUCCACUUGCUCCUGUUAGCAUAGGCAGUGCUUGAAGUUCUGCCUCUUUUUUCUGGUACCUUACCUGCCCCCAAAGCUUUGGCUGGUACCUAAAUGUUCUGGCAGCUGUGGAGAAUUUCAGAGCUUCAAAUGGUGCCUUUCCUCUGGGGGAGCUGGAUUUCUUUUAAGGUUGAAGGUGUAGGGGCAGCUGGUGUGUGUGUGAAAAUAGCGGACCUACUGUUUUAGCUGUUCUGUAACUGUUCAUGCGAGUGAGAAGCAGGUAGGGAGGGAGUCCUACUUACUUAAUAAAACUGUUGAGCCAUUUGUGCUAUAAGUAAUGAUUCUGAUCUGUAGAGCAGGGACUUGUCUCUACCCUUCAUCUGCUUAGAACAAAGGCCGAGUGUAUCAAAAGAGGAGGGGAGAGGCCUCCCUGGUUGAAAAGACUCAAUUAAGUCAUUUGCCUAAAAACCUGGAGUUAUGGGGGAAGAUUUCCCACCCCAUGUUACUCUCUAGUACCACUGAACUGUCUCUUCUGAGAACGUGGCAGCCAGCUGCUUCGUGCUACAAACGGGAGACGUGUGAGCAUUGGGCUAAUCCCUGCAGUGUGCAGGUGUGUAAGGUCUCAGCUACAGCUCUUCCCCUGCCAAACUGCGUGGAGCAUGUCAUAUCUACCUCAGCAGGAUGAAGGGCUCUGCCCGUCUUGGUUUCUGUGAGCUUCUUACCCAGCUGAGGGUUAGACUACUGAACCAUGUCCCCUGGCUUAUGCUGAGUGGCCUUAGUGCUCACGCUGAGCCUCUCGCUGAGUUUUUGUGAAUCGUCAGUACUCUGACAGGGUGUAGCUCUGCCCUCGCGUUGGUGUUCCUCUUCCCAUAGGAAGGACAGAGCAAAACUUUAAGCACCUAUUCCUCAGGUGACCCAUGUUUCAGCUUGAACCGUAAUGACAUUGACUGAGCUGUGGUUCUGACUCAACCCACAUUGGUAAGAGACAGCAAUUUGGGGGGGGGUUGUUGGUUAUUUAAAAUACACAUGCAAGGCUUUUCUCUGCCUUUUAUUUCUUGAACUGUUUGAGGUAGGUCUAAUCUUAACUGGGCAGAGGAGCAGCAGCUAGGUUAAACAAGGUGGAAGAGCAUCCACUGAUCAUUUUUGUAGCAAUGUUAGUUCUAAUCCCCUAAUUUUUAACGUUCCUUGCUCAAGCCACUUGGUAAGAGACCCUGCUGUUUCAAUUUUCUGCUUUCCUUGAACCAGGCUGUGAGCUUUUCUGGCUCGUCUGGAUUUGGCUAUUAAACUGCAGACUGUACACUUAGAGCAGUUGAAGUGUAAAGCAGUCAAGGCUGAAGCACAAGGGCCUUCUAUGCAGCAAUAUGGUUCCAGAAGUUUAAGCAAAAAUAAAGUGGGCAGUUUUACACAAUGGGGGGGGGGGGAAGCCUCUCGUGUAAGGGAAAUGUUUCCUAAUACUUAACUCUGCAGAGUGCUCAUGGCACAGCAGGGAGCUUUGGGUUGGGUUCUGCACAGUUAAACUUCACGUUGUGCUCACGUUCCUAGGCUGAGAGUAGAUUUGAGCACUUGACUGUACUUUUCCUCUGAGACAAAAAGCUUACUUGAGGAAGGAAACACAGGCCUGGUCCCCAGGAACUGCAUCUCAUGUGUGGGUAGGAGUGCUUCUGGGGGAACAUUCUGCAAGACCAAGAGCUAGGUCUGGCCCCUGUCUUCUCCCUUUCCCCCUCCACUAUUGCCAGAGUUAAUUUAAAGAAUGCAACACUUUUUUUAAUCAAUGUUUGAGAUAGUUUCUACCACAACCUUAACCACCAUCAUAGGAACUGCCCCUGAGUGCUGCUCUGGUCACUAACAUGUGAAGAUCACUGCACUAUGUAACUGCUUGAUAUUCCAUUUGUGACCUAAUGUUUGUAAUGACUAAUUCCUGCCACUACCGGGGGAUGCCCUGAAAUAAAGUGCAACUAUUCAUGUG